GUGUGCGUUGGUGCCCUGCCACCAAAGGGCCUCUGGGACGGAGGGCAAGGGGAAAGGCCAACGCUGGCCUCUUCCUGCUGAUCGCCGCCCUGACCGGCUCCGAACCUGCCUGGGUUUGUGGGCGUGUAGCUGGAGUUGGCCGGAGCAGGACGGGAUGGUGGCUGUGAGGAGGGCAGGACUCGGUCAGCCUCCGGAACAGCAGGGACACACAGCUCCCUAUGAACGUCCCAGAAAGUGAAACCAAACCGAGCAGAAGGCAGAGCUCCAGGGGAAAAGGAAAAUGGAAGAGAAUCCGAGAGUGGAUCUGCUUGGAGCUGGACCAGCCCAGGCUGAGGUGGGGAGCACAGCAGAGCAUCCUGAGCACCAAAGGCCCACCCAGAAAACACCUGGGCACCAAGGGACAAGCAGAUGGCCUGAGACAUCCUGCAAACCAGAGGAGGAGUCUGCAGUGUGUGAAUCAGCUGCUGGUGGGCCAGAGACAACACUCCUGGGUUCAGCUGGUCCCACAUUAGAGGAGAAACCUGCCCAGCAAAUUGAAGUAUUGCCAGAAGAGUCUGACAAGACAAGAGAAGGUGUCUCAGAAAGACCCCUGGAAAAACAGAACUUGGAUGAAGCUGGGCUGGGCCAUGAGAGUGUGGAAAGCAAAGGAGACAGCCCUGUCCACCAGGAACCACAGGAGCACCAGGAGAAAACUGGGCAGUGUGAAAGUCUCUGCAAAGCAGAGGAAGAUGUCUCAUCAACAAGCAAGGCACGGAGCUCUGGCAGUGAAGUGACACAUUUGGAUGUGACUGGUGUGGAAGAUGUCCCCAGGGGCCACUUGGCAGAGAAGAGCAGCAGUGCCACUGUCCCAGACUGGGAGCCAGAGCCACCCAGAGGGCAAGAAACACAGGAGAGCGAGUUCCAAGGCACGUUAAGGAAAAGACCAAAAGGGGACACAGCCCCAAAACCAGAGACUCUGUCUUCCCUGCAGAACAUCACCACCCAAACCAGAGAGCAGGAGAAGGCCAAAAAGUCCCUCCUGUGGAAAGGUGAGGAAAAGAAGCUUCCCUUGCAUGUUACUCAUCGACCAGAAGGCACUGAUCCUCCAGGAGCAAGGCUUUUCAUCCUGGGCCUCACAGUGCUGGGCUUCUGCAUAUUCUGCUUCGGCAGCCCCACCUCCAGCUCCCAGCAGCCCCGCAGGAACCCCACGCUGGAGGCCUUCCAGUCGCAGUUCGACCUGCUGCAGCUCAGCUUCCCGGGCCAGAGCCCCGAGCUGUGGCUGCGCGGGCGCAAGUUCCUGCGCAAGCACCUGAACACGUCGCAGCCCUCGCAGCCGGCCAUCAUCAUCCUCACGGCCCCGCGCCGCGCCGAGCGCACCCUGCGCUGCCUCAGCGCCCGCCUGGCCGACUGCUACGCGGCCGCCGUGCACGGCAGCACGGUGCACGUCGAGGGCAGCGACAAGGCCGCGCUCCACAGCGACCAGGCCAAGCUGCAGGUGGACUGGGAGCUGAGCGAGGCGUUCCAGGCGGGCGGCCGGGCCGCCGUGGUUCACCGCUUCGAGCUGCUGCCCGCCGGCGCCACCCUCAUCUUCUACAAGUACUGCGACCACGAGAGCGCCGCCUUCAAGGACGUGGCCCUGCUGCUGACGGUGCUGCUGGAGGAGGACGUGCUGGAGAGCCACAUCAGCCUCCAGCAGGUGGAGGAGAGGGUCCGUGACUUCCUCUGGGCCAAGUUCACCGGCGCCAGGAGCCCCGGCUCCUACGACAGCAUGGACUCGGACAAGCUGAGCGGGCUGUGGAGCCGCAUCUCCCACCUGGUCCUGCCCAUUCACCCCGUGCCGACCAUCGAGGAGUGGGGCUGCUCUGCCAAAGCCUAGGGACAAAAGAGGCCAGAGCCCCGAGGAGGGUUGGAAAGAUGCUCCUGGCUGGCUCUGGUACAGGCAGAGGCACCACCGGUGUUACAUCUCUUCAGUUUGUUUCUUGUAGGUUCCUGGGAAGAGUUUGACAGGAACAAGUUGAUCCAGGAUAUUUGGGCAGCUGAGUCCUGGAGGUGAUACACACACUUCUUUCUGGGAGAUGGGAACAGGGGGUGUUUUAGAGUUCCACAGGAGAACACUAAUGUGUGGGGAGGCAGGAGGGAAAACAGGACCUGGCAGGAACAUCAAUGUAUGGGGAUGCAGGAGGGAAAACAGGACCUGGCAGGUAGUGUUUCUGUCAAGAAAUAGACAAAUAAUGUUCACGAUUAGUGUGACAGAAAGAUGCUGGCAUUCAGCAGCUCUUUCAUCUCUCCCUGCCCCUCAGCUUGCUAAAGUUGUGCACAUCAGUCCUGCAAUAUAUUUUAUCCAGGGAGCUGCUGGAACACAGAAAGGUCAAAUUUCUCAAGGCUCAAUAUUUUGAAGGCAUGCUUGAAAAAGAAAAGCAGUUUGCUAGUCAGGGGUGUUACCUGUCAGCCCCAGUAGUGUCCCACUGGCACAGCCCGACUGACACCAGGCAAAGCCCAGAUCCUCAAACAAACCUGCAAUUCAGAGAUCCCCUAAACAUCAAUUACCAAAAAUUCCAGCUGUCAGCACUUGAACACUACCCUAAUGGCAGGGAUCCCUGGAGGGGAUCCCAUAUGACAGGGAACAAGCUCUAGAACCAGAGCAAAGAAACAGUUGCUGCCACUGUGAUAGUGUGAAGCCUCAAGGGAUUGCACAGGUGAAUAAUAUGAAUAAUACAAUGUAAUUUAAUGCUUGUCUCUCUAAAACAAGUCCCCUCAAUCCCUUUGCCACACAGAGGCUGUGACUCUCUCCUCAGGCUGAUGCUUUGGUCCCACACAACAGAUUGUUCUUCACCUGGAUCUCUGGUCUGUGUGCAGGGCUGGCAGCCUGUCCCAGCCUCUCCCCAGGUGUCUUCUGUUGAUGAGUGUCGAUGUCAACAUUGGUAUUUCAAACCAUGUAGGGUAGCACACCAGGUCCUUGCCCUCCAAGGGUACAUUUGCAUCCCUGCCAGGCAGAUGGAGCUCUGGCACCUCCCAAAGCAAGUAGGAGCAGAGCUGGGUUAGCUGGUAAAGACCAAAUCUCUGCCAUUAACACUAAAAUUCCUUGACAAAUUUUCUGUGCCUCCUCUUCUGCAUCCUAGGAAGAGAAAUCCAAGUCCUGGAAGCACUGUGGUUUCCCCACACUGUGUUUUUGCAGUGCUGUGGGGCAGGGCAGCCAGCUCAGGCACACCUGGAGGGGCAGGUGCAGGUCACAGCAUUUUUGAUAACCCAAGGGCAGCCCCAGGGGCCAGUGCAGAGGGAGCAGCUGCAGCAGAUGUGGCCUUGCAGAGCCAGGCUCUGUGUGCAAACUAGAACAAAUCCACAGCACCACGGUGUUCUUCAGCAGCUGCACAUCAGGGUGCUCCUCACAGCAGCUGGACCCUGGUGUGGGAUGGGUCUCCUGCCAACAGUGCCCUGCACAUCUGCCCCACCAAGGGCUCAAGGAGGUGCAGCCCUGCACCCCAAAAACCACAGCCUUUCUCUUCUUUCCCCCUGCCGUGUGCCUUGACCUGCCCCAGCACCUUAGUGGCCCUUAACUUGGAGGAGGGGACAAAAUGAAGGAAGAGAGAGGGUUUUUGUUCAAAGAACAGACUUUUUGGUUGGUUUGAGACACGAAGACAAGAUACCACAGGGGUUUUAACUGUGAUAAACACUGGGCUAAAUGUGAGAACCACCUGCUGGAGCCCAUGGUUUGAUACAAGAUGCAGAUUGCUUCCUCCUCUCCCUCUUUUCUAUUGCUGUACACUACUUUGGUGAGAGAAAUCACUGUGUCCUGCUCUGCAGGGUGUUGAUGUAAGGACCAGCAGAGCAUUAAUCAUGCUAUGCCAGUAUUUUGGUGGAAAUCUGUAUUUUAAUGUUCUCUCUCUCCAUUUUGCAUACUGUGUUUGCAACAAAUAGCCCAGGUAUGCAAGUCCCCAUUGCUGAAAGUGUCACCCACCUGAGUUCUUCCAAUACAGAGAUAUUUUUAUGGCCUUCUAAAGACAAAUAUCUGCUUGCUUCUGGAACAGGAUUUCUAUUUAAAAAUAAAUGGUGAGAUUGUGAAAGAAGCCAGCAAAGUGAGACUUGAG